ACCCGAACACGAAUGAACUUACAGCUCAUCGAUGGCAGUAGCAUGAUAAAAAAAGGCACCUUUUUCCAUAUCAAAUAGAAUUCAUCAAAAAAAUUUUUCGUGACGCAUGUAUUCGAGCCUUCGAGAAAUUCACUGUGAAUUAUCAAAUAUUCAAUCCAAAUAGAAUUAACCGACAUAGUCAGUGUGGAAAGGUUUGCUCAAAAUUUGUGUCGAUUAUAACGGUGUCAUGGGCCGUAUAAAGACUCAUAAUUGACAAAUAAGAUAUACUUCUGAUCACCUGAAACAACAGUAAAUUAAAAAAUACGUCGACAUUCGUGACAGUUGAUGCCUUCUGUUUUUAUAUCUAGUGAAUUCGGUUCUGAAACAGCAAACAGACCUACGCCGCGCAUAUAAAUUCAGAAAACUUGUAUAUCCACGGCAAAGUACGUAGCUGCAGACGAGCGACUGGUAUAGUUCUCAAAGAUGUCCACGAAAAGAUCCGCGAUAGCAUUUAUGGCAUUGGUAGUUAGAUGUGUAAUAGCAAAUUGCGAACAAACUGGAGUGAAACAGAGCGGAAAAGUGUGGGACGGUCUGAGUGCAAAAUGGGCCCAGAAUCCGAGGGACGGUUUCUUCGUACUACCUGAAACCUAUCAGGAUGCUAAAAAAGAGGGAUGGAACGAAAUCUCCGGGCUGAAAUUAUCGGACCAGACAACGGGGCUGGGCUAUCGCAACGAUCCCAGAGUCGUCCUGAUAUUCCUGACGAAGAGCGGUGACUGUAUCGGAAUUCAAAUCGCCUUUUCAGUAGCGGAUAUGAAAAAGUUGAACCUGCCGAUAGAUCACGCCGAUAAUCCCGCUAUAACGAUAAAGAAUCUUAACGGCGAAGAUUAUUACACGGCGACUGCUUACUUUCACAAAAAUGGUAAUCGUCGUUUGUGGGUACAGGAGAAGAACGGGCUAGUAGAAAUUCCCACGAGUCCUGAAGAAGUGGUUUCUAAAACUACGUUUUUGCUGAAGGGAUGCGUUCCCUCGAUGGGUCUUCAUUACUACAAAGUCGACCGGAACACGAACUGCUCUAACAUUUAUCCGUGGGCCCUUUUAAGAGACAACGAUAACAUCGUCGGCAUGUCCUUCCAAGUUAUAGGGAUCGCGAAUUCAGGUCCCGAGCGUACGUGGUACGAAAAUUUACCGAUGGGUGAAGUUACGUGCGUCAUUCCCGACGGACCUCCAUGCCUUGCUCAAGGAAUCGAGCGGUACGGGACAUUAACGUUUCACUUCUGGUUCAGAAAAGAUCCACUCCUGAUCAGGUGCUGUCCCCAAACACCAAAGUCUGUGAAUAUUUGCGAUUAUUGA